GUUUUAAGAAAACAAGCGUAACAGAUGAAAGUCGCGCCUGAGAGAGUGACUAUAGUCUCUCGAAGAAGGCAACCGAGACGUUCCGAUGAUCGACGAUGGGGGACUCCUUCUACUGUGCGGACUGCAAGCGCAGCACGGAGGUGGUGUUCGACCACUCCGCCGGCGACACCGUCUGCUUGGAGUGCGGCCUCGUCCUCGAGGCCCACUCCAUCGACGAGACCUCCGAGUGGCGCACAUUCGCCAACGAGUCCAGUAACAACGAUCCCGCCCGCGUCGGGGGCCCCUCCAACCCUCUCCUAGCCGACGGCGGCCUCUCCACCGUCAUCUCCAACCCCUCCGGCGACUUGCUCGCCUCCUCCCUCGCCCGCUGGCAGAGUCGUAACUCCAACUCUGACAGGUCCCUCAUCCAGGCUUUCAAGACCAUUGCUACCAUGUGUGAUAGGUUGGGGCUGGUUGCAACCAUAAAGGAUCGAGCCAAUGAAAUAUAUAAGAAAGUAGAAGAUCAAAAACCACUUAGGGGUCGAAAUCAUGAUGCAAUAUUGGCUGCUUGCAUCUAUAUUGCUUGUCGACAGGAGGACAAACCUCGCACUGUUAAAGAAAUUUGUUCCAUUGCCAAUGGAGCAACAAAGAAGGAAAUUGGCCGUGCUAGAGAGUAUAUAGUGAAACAACUUGGGAUGGAAAUGGGCCAAUCAAUCGAAAUGGGAACUAUACAUGCUACUGACUUUCUGCGACGCUUUUGUUACAAUCUUGGCAUGACCAAUCAAGCAGUUAAGGCAGCCCAUGAAGCUGUUCAGAAAUCAGAAGAGCUUCAUAUAAGGAGGAGCCCAAUAUCAGUGGCAGCUGCUGUUAUAUACAUUAUAACCCAACUAUCAGAGGAAAAGAGACCUCUUAAAGAUAUUUCAGUGGCUACUGCAGUGGCUGAAGGGACCAUAAAAAAUUCUUACAAGGACCUUUAUCCCUAUGCUGCAAGGCUAGUACCAGGCUGGUUUGCCAAGGAAGAAGACCUCAAGAACUCUGCAGCCCCUAGAUAAAUAUUAUACUUGUGUGUGUGUGUGUGUGUGUGUGUUUUCAAUCUUGAUUGAGUCGUGAAACAUUUCACUCAAACUUUUUCUCUCAUUUUCGUCCUUUUCCCCAUAGUUUGACUUCUUUCUUUGUUCUCUUGUCGUCUUCUCUUUCCCUUACCUUUUUAGUUCUUACUCUCUUUUUUUUUUUUUUUUUCGCUCUACUUUUCAACAUAAGAAAUAAAACAUUUGAUCUUUAUUGUACUUGGCUCCAGCAAAAACAAUUAAUGGAAAAUUUUCAUUUCAGUGGGAA